AUGACUACCAACGUGCGAUAUGCGGUUUCCAAGCCUGCCCGCACAUUGAACGAACAAUACAUGAUGCCGUCUGAAAACGAUUCCGGUUCUACAAAAAUGCAAACGCAGCACACGGAUCACUGCGAAACUGUGCCCAAAGCCAAAGCGAAUGAGACCAAUUGCAUUAAUGAUGGUCCUAUCUUGGACGAUCAUUGGCACGCCGUCUCGCGCAGUCUCGUACGCAAGCUGGAUCUGACAUUGAUGCCCAUGAUAUGGGUUUUGUAUCUCUUCAAUUAUCUGGAUAGAAACAGUAUCUCCUCAGCAAACCUGAAUAGCAUCAAAGAAGAUUUGAGUCUUUCCGGUGAAGAUUUCAACACUGUCGUGUCAAUUCUCAAUGUCGGGCAACAUAUUCUAAUCCUGAAUAGCUACAUGGCCAUGCAGAUUCUGAGCAAUAUGAUCCUUACCCGGGUACGACCAUCGCUCUAUAUACCACUGUGGGCUUGCGCGUGGUCCAUCGUUUCAGCGUCGACCGGAGCAGUUCAGAACUUUGGACAGCUUAUUACUGUCCGGUGUCUUCUGGGAAUCGCAGAGGCUCCAUUCUUUCCCGGGGUCUAUUAUCUUUUAUCGUGUUGGUACACCAGAAAGGAGUUGGGCUUACGAAUGGCAUUCAUGUACACGGGGCUUAUUGUCGCAAUUGCCUUUUCUGGUCUGAUUGCUGCCGGUGUUUUCUCCCGUCUCGAUCAUGCGCUGGGAUUGGCCGGCUGGAGGUGGCUUUACAUCAUUGUGGGAUCGGUCAAUUUUCUCCUUGCCGUUGCUUCAAUGUUCUUGUUGCCCGACUUCCCAGAGGCUGCGACGGGUAGUCAGAGAUGGCUUCUGAGCGAAGAGGAGCAAAAAGUGGCACUCGAGCGCAUCGCCGCCGACAGUGUCACGCAAGAGUCUAAUAGAUCUCUAUUAUAUGGCUUGCGCUUGGCCGUAUCUGACCGUCGGACUUGGGCAUUUGUUAUGCUACUUCUGUGCAACCAUGCUGCAUUCGGGUUCAGUUACUUCUUUCCUUCAAUCGUGAAAGGCUUUGGAUUUGGCUCAACCAUUGUGACUUUACUCUGCACCUCUCCCCCUUAUCUUGUCGGAGCUGUCAUGUCGGUUGUGGUCUCCUGGUCCAGCGACAGCCGCGGUGAACGAGGAUAUCAUAUCGCUGUACCGGCAUAUAUUGCAGCAGCGGGCUUCAUCGUCUCUGUAGCCACACUCAAUGGUCCAACGAGAUAUGCGGCCUCAUUCCUUUACGUGUCGGGUUGUUAUGCUGCAAAUGGCCUCAUAUACGGUUGGGCGGCAAAUGUGCUCAACCAAACUCCAGAGAAGAAGGCUGUCGCCACCUCCAUGCUAAACGUUCUUGCUCAGCUGGGUAACAUCAUCAGUCCAUAUUUCUUUAGGGAACAAGAUGAGCCUCGAUAUCUGUUGGCCAUGUUUCUGCUUAUUGGUUUCUCUGCCGCGAGCGGGUGCAUCAGUCUGGGCCUCAAGUGGGAUCUGCGCCGUGCCAAUCGACUGAUUACCGAUGCAGCUGUGGCCACUGGACAACAACCCCGAUUCUUUGCGACUUAG